AUGGCCACUGAUAUCCCAUCCUUUAAUAUCUCAACCCUCGAACAAAUGUACAUUGAUUCUUGCGAGAGACAUGAUGUUCUACCUAAUACAGAAAUUUUAUCUGGUUUCUUUAAGGCUGAGGUUAAAAAGUCUUGCAAUGAGAUAUGUACCCUGGAGAUCAUCUUGGACCAUCUUAAAGAUAUUGAUGUUCCUCCGGUUCUUGAUGUAUGUGCAACCAUUGAAACUUCUGAGAUUGAAGCAGUUGACAUACGCAAUGGACCAUCAUGCUCUUUGAAUGGAGAAUGUGCUUUAUCUUUGAUGCGUGGUUUCAAUCAAAAGCUUCGAGUAGUUGAUCUUCAAGAUUCAUCAUUUGGAAAGGACUUCUUGCGGGAGCUUUCUCGGAGAGGUUUGGCAUGCCAAAUUUUGAACUUGAGAUCUUCUCAUUUCCGGAAGCUGAACAUGGCAGGGAAAUUCAUGCAAAUACGUACCCUCAACCUUGAUUUUAGUACUUCACUAACAAGCUUCCAGGAGAACUGUUUUACUUGCAUGCCCAAUCUAAUUUGUCUCUCAAUGUGCGAUACAAGAGUUGCAAAUCUCUGGACAACUAUUGCAGCACUUUCUAAACUCUCUUCUUUGGUAGAACUUCGGUUUCAGAAGUGGCUAUGCUGCAAUGAUACUGCCUCUCCUUCAGCAUCUUCAAGUGGAAAUUUGGAGGACCAACCUGAUGUUGGACUGCCAAUCAGCUGUCCUGAUACUGGAGAACUGUUGACUGAUAUUGAUGAAGAAACAUAUGUUAACCCAGGCACUGACGAGGCACUUGGGAAUUUGUUUUCAUUCAACAAUAUAGCUAUAAAUCAGCAAGUUCAAAGUAUGAUGGAGGAUUCAUCAGAUGAUAGUGAUGUUGAUUUUUCAAGUAAUUGGCAAGAAUUUGAUUAUACGGAUCUGGUGGCCAAUUUAUCUUCUGGUUGGAACAGGCAGGUCAAUCUGCAAAAUGAGGUUUCUUCUGGUACAUCAUGGAAUCAAAAAGAAGAGUCCCUGCCUGGUUCCUUUGGCAGAAACGUUGCAGAUGUUCCUUUGAAGUAUAUCCCUCGUCAUGCUUCACCAAUAUGCUUUGAGAAACAUUACAGAGAGUACAUGAUAGCUUCAUUACCCCAUUUGAAAGUUUUGGAUAACCUACCCGUCAGAAAGAUUGACAGAGAAAGGGCUGCUGUUACAUUUUCGCAAUACUUUGAGUACUUACCAUACAAUCGGAACCAUAAAGAGAGUGUUGUUAGUAUCUUGCAUAAACGUGAAAUAAAAGAAACCCGUUCUCAUAAACGGUCAAAAAGUCAAAAGUCGUGUUAUUCUUAUGGAAACUCUCAAAACUUUUAUACCCGGUCGCUUUGUGCUGCCAAGGUGGGAUCUUCUGCAUGGCCAUUAUUGCAUUCACUUUCUGUAUCAGGCUGUGAUUUGGGUGAUGGAAGUUCGAGCUUUCGUCCCAGACAGUUCGAGUACCAUCCAUCUAUUUCUAGCCUAAUGGUGUUUGGCACUUUAGAUGGUGAAGUUAUUGUGGUUAACCAUGAGAAUGGGAAAGUAGUUAGGUAUGUUCCAUCACUUGGUGCCAUGAACAGUGUCUUGGGACUAUCCUGGCUCAAAAAGUAUCCAUCCAAGCUCAUAGCAGGUUCAGACAAUGGUUCACUAAAAUUGUAUGACAUUGAGCACAUGCCCCCAACAGUUACAGGCAUGUAUUUAGGUGCUGGUUCAAGCACCUUUGAUGACUUUGACCAAUUGACAUCUGUUCAUGUUAACUCCACCGACGAACUAUUUCUUGCAAGUGGAUACUCAAAAAAUGUUGCUCUGUAUGACAUCAACUGUGGAAGGCGCAUACAGGUGUUCACAGAUAUGCACAGAGAGCACAUCAAUGUCGUCAAGUUCUCAAACCAUUCCCCAUCAAUUUUUGCAACUUCUUCAUUUGAUCAGGAUCUCAAACUGUGGGACUUGAGACAGAAACCAAUACGACCUUGCUAUACUACUUCAAGCUCUAGAGGAAAUGUGAUGGUGUGCUUUUCUCCAGAUGAUCACUAUCUUCUUGCAUCUGCUGUUGAUAAUGAGGUUCGACAACUUUUGGCUGUAGAUGGCAGGCUUCACUUGAGUUUUGACAUAGCACCUACAGGAAGUUCACAGAAUUACACUCGUUCCUAUUACAUGAAUGGAAGGGAUUAUAUUAUAAGCGGGAGUUGUGAUGAACAUGUGGUCCGGGUUUGCUGUGCUCAAACCGGAAGGCGUCUUAGGGACAUAUCCUUGGAGGGUAAAGGGUUAGGGACUUCAAUGUAUGUGCAGUCUUUGAGGGGUGAUCCUUUUAGGGAUUUCAACAUGAGUAUAUUGGCAGCCUAUAUGCGUCCAAACUCCAAGUAUGAAAUUGUGAAGGUUAAUUUGCUAGCGUCCUGUGACAAUGCCAAGGGAUACUCUAAAAGCCAGGAUUCCUGCCCAUCCAAUAGCAUGGGAGGUUGA